CCCCUCCCUGUCGUGCCAGCAAUUACUGCGCAUGCGCACACCUUUGUUUCAAACGUGCACGGUAGAAGCAAAAGGGCGUUUCUUCUUUCCUGAUCUCUGCUGCGUCCCAGCCAGAAAGACGACCACAGAAAGGGUCAGCGGUCUGACUACUGUAUUGCCCAAGAUCCUGAGGCGCGGGUACUGACCCGUUCAUGAUCCACAUCAGAACCUGACACACUCACCAUGGUGGAGCCCAUAUGCGCCACGGGUGUGGCGGUCCGGCUGCGCAAUCAGUGGGACCGCCAGGAAGGUCUGGGCCAAAACCACAACGCCGUCAAGUUUCUGGGUCAGGACUACGAGAGCCUGAGAGCACGCUGUCUCCAGAGUAGGACGCUCUUUGAGGACAACCUGUUCCCUUGCGCCGCUUCUUCUUUGGGCUUCAACGAACUCGGCCCAAGGUCGUCCAAGACACACGGCGUACGCUGGAUGAGGCCCACGGAGUUCUGCAAGCGACCCUCUUUCAUCGUGGACGGGGCGACCCGAACUGACAUCUGCCAGGGAGCUCUAGGGGACUGCUGGCUGCUGGCGGCUAUCGCCUCGCUGACCCUAAACGACACCGUCCUGCACCGAGUGGUCCCGCACGGACAGAGCUUUGAGCAGGGAUAUGCUGGAAUCUUCCACUUUGAGUUCUGGCAGUUCGGUGAGUGGGUGGAGGUGGUGAUUGACGACCGUCUGCCCGUGAAGGACGGCAAGCUGCUCUUCGUCCACUCAGCGGAGGGCGGCGAGUUUUGGAGCGCGUUGCUGGAGAAGGCCUACGCCAAGUUGAACGGCUGCUAUGAGGCCUUGUCCGGCGGCAGCACGUCAGAAGGUUUCGAGGACUUCACGGGCGGCGUGACGGAGAUGUUUGACCUGGACAAGGCACCCUCUGACUUAUUCAGCAUCAUGGGCCGCGCCAUCGAGCGAGGCUCGUUGUUGGGCUGCUCCAUCGACAUCACCAGCUCCAGAGACAUGGAGGCGGUCACCUUCAAGAAGCUGGUCAAGGGACACGCCUACUCUGUGACGGCCGUGGACGAGGUGGUCUUCAGAGGAAACCUGACCAAAGUGGUACGCAUCAGGAACCCGUGGGGGGAGGUGGAGUGGACAGGCGCUUGGAGUGACAAUUCCAGAGAAUGGGACAGUGUUGACCGCGGAGUCCGGUCUCGGCUACAAAACCGAAGCGAGGACGGCGAAUUCUGGAUGUCCUUCAGUGACUUCCUGCACGAGUUCUCCCGUCUGGAAAUUUGCAACCUGACAGCGGACGCCCUUCAGCACAGCCAGCUGAAGAAAUGGAGCUCGUCGUUGUACCAGGGCGAGUGGAGGCGGGGCAGCACGGCUGGAGGCUGCCGGAAUUUUCCGGCUACUUUUUGGCUGAAUCCACAGUUCAAGUUGUUGCUGCAGAAUCCCGAUGCGCCGGGCCACGCAGAAUGCAGCUUUCUGGUGGCCCUCAUGCAGAAGGACCGCAGGAAGAAGCGACGCGAGGGCAAAGAUAUGGAGACCAUCGGCUUUGCUGUCUAUGAGGUUCCUAAUGAGAUGAAAGGACAGUCGCGUGUCCACUUGAAGCAGAAUUUCUUUCUGACCCAUGCCUCCAGCGCUCGCUCCGAGCUCUUCAUCAACUUGAGGGAGGUCAGCUCUCGCCUGCGCCUGCCGGCUGGAGAGUAUAUCAUUGUGCCGUCCACGUUCGAGCCUCACAAGGAGGGCGACUUCGUCCUGCGGGUCUUCUCAGAGAAGCCCGCCGACUCAGAGGAGCUGGAUGAUGAAGUCGUGGCAGAGCUUCCGAGCGAGAACUUUCUGGAUGAGAGUCAGAUCGACUCAGGUUUUAAGAGCCUCUUCAGACAGCUAGCCGGCUCGGACAUGGAGAUCAGCAUCAAGGAGCUGCAGACAAUCCUCAACCGCAUCAUCAGCAAACAUAAAGACCUGAAGACGGACGGCUUCACCAAAGAGGCGUGCCGCAGCAUGAUCAACCUCAUGGACACUGACGGCAGUGGAAAACUGGGCCUGGUGGAGUUCCACGUGCUUUGGGAGAAGGUUAAACGAUACCUGACCAUAUUCAGGAACUUUGACCUGGACAAGUCGGGAACCAUGAGCUCCUACGAGAUGAGAAUGGCGCUGGAAUCUGCAGGUUUCAAGCUGACCAAUCACCUCUUCCAGCUCAUCAUCCUUCGAUACACCGAGGCUGACAUGAGUGUAGACUUCGACAACUUUGUCACCUGCCUGGUCCGCUUGGAGACCAUGUUUAAAACGUUCAAGGUCAUGGAUACGGAUACAGACGGAGUCAUAUCGCUGGACUUCUCUCAGUGGAUCUCGCUCACCAUGUUCGCCUAGACUUAAGUGGGCGGAAUCUGCAGUGCCUUCCCGAUGACCUCACGGCACCAUGCGAUGUGCCAUUCUCACCACAAGGUGCACUCAAGACACGCCUCCGAUCAACACGGCUGCAGUGGACACUGCUUCGAUUGACAUGUGUGUCAAACAUUCUUUAUGGUUUGUCAAUUUUUUAAUGUCGACCUUAUGAAAAAGAACAUGAGCGUGGACUAAUAAAUAAAACUUUUAUGAAAAAGCCAAACAUAGAAAAACAAUGAUAUCACACUUCAAUAAAGUCAAGAAAUCAACAAUGUGAUUGGA